UCGCGCGGGGCGGCGGAGCGGCGUCUCGCGCGCGCCGCUGGCCGCGUCCGGCGCGCGGCGCUUCUGGAAGGAUCCCGGCGGCGGGGCCCGGCGGCGCGGCCCGGGCGGGCGCCAUGUCGGGGUUGCUGCACACCACGCUCAGCGGGCUCAACAGCGACUCGUACUGCGAGAUCAGCCAGUACCGGGACCAGCACUUCCGGGGUAGCAGGCAGCUGCAGGAGAAAUCCCUGAAGAUCUCCUCCACGCUCUAUGUGGGCAACCUGUCCUUCUACACCACCGAGGAGCAGAUCCAGGAGCUCUUCUCCAAGUGCGGAGAUGUCAAGAGGAUUGUCAUGGGUCUGGACAAGAUCAAGAAAACCCCGUGUGGCUUCUGCUUUGUAGAGUACUACACGAGGGCGGACGCCGAGCACGCCAUGCGCUUCAUCAACGGCACGCGGCUGGACGACCGCAUCAUCCGCACGGACUGGGACGCUGGGUUCAAGGAGGGCCGCCAGUACGGGAGAGGAAAGACUGGAGGACAGGUGCGAGAUGAAUACCGGACAGACUACGAUGUGGGAAGAGGUGGCUUUGGCAAGAUCAUUCAGAUGCAGAAGGCAAAUCACCAGCCUGCAAUCUAUUAAUUGCCUUGUGGCUCCUAGCUCACAGAGGGCUCUGUCCUUCCAGAGCUAGCCCUGUUCUCGCAUUUGGGACCGGGGUGUGGAGUGAGAUCCAAGGUCCAGCAAAAGGUGACUCUCCUUAGACUGUGGAUAUACAUGUGUUCAUUCUCCCUUCUUUUUUGAGCUAGAGAGGAUGGUCUGUGCUGAUACAGGGCAACAAGGGGAAAAAAUGGACAGCUCUGCAGGAUUCUGGGCAAGAAGAAAUGCAGCAUGUCACACACACCUUAUGCUAUGACACACUCUUCAUGAUGCACUUAAGCAGGUGGCCUCCUCCAAGCUGCAACUGCAGCCGUGGUUACUUUCAAAUGGAACUCUUUUUAAAAGCUUGCCACCAUUGGAGCCCUCCAGGUGCCUGGGCACCUAGUGAGGGUGCACAAGAGAUUCAGGUUUCUAAUUUAUAACCUCAUCUGCUUAAUAAACGGUAUCACUGUUUGAAUGAGAGAUGUGGACAGGAUCUUAAAAUCCACUUGGAGGUGCUUGUCUGCACAUCUAGCCCUUGGGUUGGUCAGGGCCUGCAGAGCAUUUCUGUCUGUGAUGUCCCCAGUGCUGCCUGGCUUUUCAGAUCCUCACUGUUCAGUGUGAUUUUGUUAAAAGUUUCUGUUAAUUUUUUUAAAUAAACAGUUGUAUUGGGUCUGACUGA